UUUGAUAUAUUUAUUUGCCUGAUUAAAAUUUCUAACUCUGAACAAACCUUUAGGUCUGCAGUUAUGUAUAUUAAACAAAUUUUUUUGUUAUGCAAAAUUUCUAAAACUAUAGCUUUCUUCUUUACUAAGUUUGAAACUUUAGCCCCCCCCCCCCCUACCAAACCCUAAGACGUAUAUUGGUAAUACAGAAAAGCCCUAUCUUGACAAUUCAGGGGACAAAAGUUCUAAAUCGUCUCUACAUUUCGAACCUUACCUUCAGAUUUGGCCACAUUUGUAACAAUUGACACUAACGGUUCCACUUUCUUGGGAUAAUCUAAAUUGAAGCAACUGUUUUCAUCAUAUUUAAAAUGUUAUCAGAACUUUGCUAGUCUUAAAUAAAAAUACUCCUCUUUUGUUUAGUUCAUGAAUUUUUACUUUUAAUGCAUACCAAUCCAUAAGAAUAAUGAACAAUUAAAAACAAAACACAGAUUCAAAAUAAAAAAAAAUGGCAUGAAUCACAAAAAAAUGAACAGCUGAAUUAUUACAAUCCAGCUCCGACCCUAAACUGAAAAUGUAAAUUUCUGAACGUGUAAUUGUAAUUACAUCUAAUUCUGAACAUGUAAACCUGAACAGAAUGACAUUAACUACAGGAGUAAACUUAAACUUACCGUGUCAGUGUAUGGGGGAGAAGGCUUCCUACACCUUCCAAGCUAGAAAUGUUAGUUUAUCGUUCUGGAACACGAAUGCCAUCACAAGCUCACGAAAGUUUAGAUCUAAUGUUGAGGGCGCAGCUGCCCUCAGAACCGGAUCACCCUAUACUGCCUUCAUAUUCAAGGAUGGAGGUGUAUGUGAGAUGGCUUAUGUGGAAAAGAACACUCCUAGUUCUCCAAAUCCAGUGAAAGUGAUGUUUCUAGUAUUUGCUAAAGUUGGGAAUAGACAAGUUGGACCUCGGACUGAAUGCCCUUCUUCUCAUCCAUAUCCCUUUAAAAAUGGCACAAAGUGUUGUGAGGGAAAUCUCGAGGAUCCCUUUAUACUCGUAUCUACAGGAACUAGAGGAUUUCUUACAAUCAACAGUACAACUUGUAGUUAUCCCUCUGUGGACUGUGCUGACGGCUGGAUUUGUCAGUUACAUUCAAACAUUGAAAACUCCCUCCAGAUGAACGCUGACAUUACGCCUAAUUCCUACACAUCCUUCCUUGCAACUGGGAAGAAUAAAUGUCAAGAAAUCUGUGAAUCACGAGAGGAAUGCCAGUGGCUUCACAGCUGGCUACAAAUCUAGUUAUAUCAAUGUUCCAUUUGCCUGAGAAUUUCUAAUGUAAAGCAUAGCAACACAAUAAACCGCUAAUUUCUUCAUUUUUAAGUUAAUACUAUUUAUUAAUAUUUAAUUAAUAUUCUAUUGAAAAAUAAUUGAACUUCAUUGUAAUCCGCAGCUCUCCUUUUAAUUUACACAUGUAAGCUGGAUAAAAUGCAAAGCUGAAAUAGAAUAGAUUUAGAAUUAGAUUAUUAUAUUGGCCCAAUCAUUGUAGCCUAUUAGAUUUCAAUGUUUUGCUUAAA